AUGGCGGCGGGUGGGAGCGGCGGGCGCGCGUCGUGCCCGCCGGGGGUCGGCCCGGGCGCGGGGGGCGGCCCCGGGCCCAGCGCCAACGCCGCCGCCCCGGCCCCCGGCAACGCGGCCGCCGCCGCCGCCGCCGCCGCCGCCCCCGGCCCCGCCGCUCCCGCCGCGCCGCCCCCGCCGGGCCCCGGGCUGGAGGCGCAGGCCGCGGCGGGCGGGGAGCGGCCCGAGGAGGCGGCGGGCCCGGGCCCGGGGGCGGCGGCGCUGCUGCGCGAGCCCGUGUACAACUGGCAGGCCACCAAGCCCACCGUGCAGGAGCGCUUCGCCUUCCUCUUCAACAACGAGGUGCUGUGCGACGUGCACUUCCUGGUGGGCAAGGGGCUCAGCUCGCAGCGCAUCCCGGCGCACAGGUUCGUGCUGGCCGUGGGCAGUGCCGUCUUCGACGCCAUGUUCAACGGGGGAAUGGCCACCACGUCCACCGAGAUUGAGCUGCCCGACGUGGAGCCCGCCGCCUUCCUGGCGCUGCUCAAGUUCCUCUACUCAGACGAGGUGCAGAUCGGGCCCGAGACAGUCAUGACCACACUGUACACCGCCAAGAAGUACGCGGUGCCGGCGCUGGAGGCCCACUGCGUGGAGUUCCUGAAGAAGAACCUGCGGGCGGACAACGCCUUCAUGCUGCUCACGCAGGCACGACUCUUCGAUGAACCGCAGCUGGCCAGCCUGUGCCUGGAGAACAUCGAUAAAAACACAGCCGAUGCCAUCACUGCUGAGGGCUUCACCGACAUCGACCUGGACACGCUGGUGGCUGUCCUGGAGCGGGACACACUGGGCAUCCGGGAGGUGCGGCUGUUCAAUGCUGUUGUCCGCUGGUCUGAGGCUGAGUGUCAGCGGCAGCAGCUGCAGGUGACGCCCGAGAACAAGCGGGAGGUUCUGGGCAAGGCCCUGGGCCUCAUCCGCUUCCCGCUGAUGACCAUCGAGGAGUUUGCCGCAGGCCCCGCGCAGUCGGGCAUCCUGGUGGACCGCGAGGUGGUCAGCCUCUUCCUGCACUUCACGGUCAACCCCAAGCCGCGCGUGGAGUUCAUCGACCGGCCGCGCUGCUGCCUGCGCGGGAAGGAGUGCUGCGUCAACCGCUUCCAGCAGGUGGAGAGCCGCUGGGGCUACAGCGGCACGAGCGACCGCAUCAGGUUCUCGGUCAACAAGCGCAUCUUCGUGGUGGGCUUUGGGCUCUACGGAUCCAUCCACGGGCCCACCGACUACCAAGUGAACAUCCAGAUCAUCCACACGGACAGCAACACCGUGCUGGGCCAGAACGACACGGGCUUCAGCUGCGACGGCUCGGCCAGCACCUUCCGCGUCAUGUUCAAGGAGCCGGUGGAGGUGCUGCCCAACGUCAACUACACGGCCUGCGCCACGCUCAAGGGCCCAGACUCCCACUACGGCACCAAAGGCCUGCGCAAGGUGACGCACGAGUCGCCCACGACGGGGGCCAAGACCUGCUUCACCUUCUGCUACGCGGCCGGGAACAACAAUGGCACGUCGGUGGAGGACGGCCAGAUCCCCGAGGUCAUCUUCUACACCUAGGCUGCGCCCGCCACCUCCCCGGGUCCCUGGGGACGGGCACGAGCGUGGAGACAAUCCCUCAGGACGCGGGGGCGGCGCUGUCCUGCCCUGCCCCGGCCAGCCCGGGCGAGGGUCCGCCGGGUCCCUGCAACUCAGGGCCCUCUGACCAAGUCGCCUGACCACGAGGUUCGAGGUUCGUGUCGGGUGUCGUCUCGUGUUUCUGUUUAACUGCACGUCGCAAUGCAUCUGGGAUUCCCAUCUCUGCGGAAGACGGUGUGCGGGGAGCGCCUAGAAGCCAUGGGUUUGGGUCUUGUGUUCCUUCUUGUCCGUUCAUCGGGGUCACUGGGGCCCGGUCCGCCCUGCGCCCCCACCUCCGGGACACUGGCCCGAGUCCCGGGAGCAGGAUGCAAGGGGCGCCGGAGCCCUUGCGCCGCCCCCCACGCCCUCCCCUGGCCCAGGCGGGAGCGAGGUGCUGCUUGCACCCGCGUCCACCGGUGGGCCCUGCUGAGGCCGUCGCUGUCCAGCCUCUGGGGACAGCCCCCUCAUGCCCCGCAGACAGGGCGGGGCCUCAGACCCCGUGUGCCUAGAGGGACAAUGCCGUGGGUCCCCAGCUGGCCCGAGGUGGGUUCCAGAGGGCCCCACCUGCCUGUACAUACUGCAGUCCUGGCCCUCACCGGCCCGUGUGUUUCUGCCCAGUGACUCCUUCUGGAACCUGUAUCCUCCCCAAAGCCAUGGAAGGUGUGCCCUCCUCACACCGCAUCCCCAAAUAGUUUUUUUUUAAAUAAAGGAAAGAAAUGCA